AUGGCAGCACCAUUUUGGGGUCCUCAGACCUCUUACCUAAACUUUUGUGAAGAGGAUUAUGUUAUCACACGGUAUAUUGCUGAGUUUAUAAAUACUCUUAGCAGUUUCACAUAUGGCGUGGGGAUAUGUUCAGCUGGAUAUCACAUGACCUUGAAGUAUCAUACUCAAAUGUCUGAUGAACUGUCAAUGCAUCUUCUCACCACACCCCUCAUCUACCGACUUCUCAGCUUCAAAGCCAGUCCUCAAAAGAGGCGAAUCGUUGGGACCAUUCUUUCAAUAUUAUUCACGAUUGUCAUGGUCACUCAUAUGGUCAUGGAUGAGUUUCUUUUGCACGCCAUUACGUUUGGCAUGGGCAUUUAUGUCAUUGCUACCCGUGUGCUGAAGGUAAUUCCUCAGCAGGUCAAGGACCCAACCAUCAGGAAGAAAUUCCAAAACAUGGCUAUUCUCGGACUUGGAUUCUUUGGCUUUGGAUAUAUUGUUUGGCUCAUUGACGAGUUCGCUUGCCGGUAUCUGACGAGUGCAAGGCAUGCAGUUGGUCUGCCCUUUGCGUUUCUUUUGGAACUUCAUGGAUGGUGGCAUGUGUUCACCGCUAUCGGAGGCUAUACCGCUGUUGCUGUCAUUGAUGUCGUUACGACAGGGGAGGUGAUCGAGGACCCUACGGACACAUUUGCUUGGCCCGUUCCUGUUGCUGCCAGACUGAUGUCUGGAUCUUCUGGGACAGUGAAGCAAGGCUAA